GUAUUAACAUUUACAAUGCAUAUUUACAAAAACAAUGGAAGCUUUGGUAAAUAGACGCCAAGACAAAGUCACUCCGCUCAUCCCACGAGGGGAUGGGGCAGGCAACAACUCAUAAAAUUAAGCGAUUUGGAUGUGAGUUAGUCUAACUGCGAGGAUCGCCGCGUUAACAGCUCGCUCGUUGUCUCCCUUACACCCACACGCGUCCGUAUUCUCGUAUACACCAACACAGACGACUAAACGCUUGGUUCGUUCAGUACCACGGCAGAGUCGGCCCGUUCCGCGCAGACCUGACAUCAUUAAAGUGACUCUAUUGUUCCGUUCCCGCCGAAAUGCGUUAACAUUACAAUUCGGAAGUGCGAACAUUCUUUGUUCAAAAUUUGUUUUUUUUUUUUUUUUUCAAUUUGUGCUAGUGUUGUGGCUUCGAACAUUGGAUGUGGAUGACCUGAAACAUCAAACAGCAUCAAACGCCGCGCAGCCAUUAAACCGAUCCGAUCAUAAAAACAAACAUGACACACUAUUUCCGGACCUGAACAGAAAGGGACACACAUGAGCGAGGACACCGAGAAAGAAAGAGAUAUGCAAACCGUCGCCUACAACACACCCAACGUUAUAGAGCAAGCCGACAGCAGACUCAUAGAAGCUCACAAUUUCUGCGAUGCAGAUUAUCUAGAUAGUGAAAGAAUUGAAGUAGAUGAUGAAAGAGAACUAGUUAUAGCUGAUGAAUCUCGGGAAGACCAAAUAGAUGAUAAUAAUCAGAACAUAGAUGUAGGAACAGACGAGAAAAUACGAGAUUUCGAGCUAUCAUGGCACCCGCACGUUUACGGAAAACCGCCAAAAAAGCCUACACCGCAUUCAAUAGAAUAUAUAUUAGGGUUAAACCAGAAGUCGACCGUGAGUCAGUUGAUGAGUGUGAAGAGGUUCGAGGUGAAGAAGCACUUGUACAAGAGUGCUCAGGUGCAGACGGAGCGAGUGAUGAGUGUGCACAAGAACAAGCUUCAGGAGCAGCUACUUCAAAGAGUGAGAACUAGUGAGUGUGAGUUCGUGAAGGAGGAGCCACUGAACCUCUCCGUGCCCAAGAGAGAGUGGGAAGAAGAGAAAAAAGAUCCCUCCAAGCUUAUCAAGCGAAAAAAAUCAACGGAAGAUGUUCGUUCCCCCCUUGGAGGUGAGGGUUCGCUCACCAGCGAGGAGGGCGAGGACGGCGGCGCGCGCCGAAAGAAGGCCCGAACCACCUUCACCGGGAGGCAGAUCUUUGAGCUGGAAAAGCUGUUCGAAGUUAAGAAGUACCUUUCAUCUGGAGAGAGGGCUGACAUGGCGAAGCUGCUUAACGUUACCGAGACUCAGGUAAAAAUAUGGUUCCAGAACAGAAGAACAAAAUGGAAGAAAAAAGACAAUAUCACGAACGCAGAAGUAGCAGAAUUCAAACAGCAACACAAGCCCGAAGAUAAAAAAGAAGACUCAAAAGAAGUAAAAGAAGACCCUUUAGCUAUAGACAUGUCCAAAAAGAACUGCAAUAAGAUACUCACGGAAAAAUUAAGGGGUACUAAGCCAGUCACCCAAAGUGUUGUGCCAAAACCGAGGAAAGUUGAAAAGGGAGUAAUAUUAGAAAGCAUUUGUGAUGCUAAUGACAUAGAAAGUAGGAUAUCUAUCACUAAGAUUACCAAUAAGUUGUCAAGUACAGAUAUUUCCGAGAUAGGAAAGGUCUCAGUUAAAAGUUUUAACCCUGAAGAAGUAAAAGAAAUUAAAUUUGAUAGUAGAGACGUAGAAAUGUGAAAUUUUAAGUACAGGAGAAUAAUUUUCGGACUUUUGAGGUGCUAAUCAUUGAGAAUCGCAUUGAAAAUACUGUCAAAAUAAUCCCUAUGGCAUCUCAUUUAAUAUUGUUACACUUACUUUGCAGUGCUCACAAUAGUCAAUAAGCGGGUGUUGCUCAUUUGGACAUUAAUUGCUAUAACAGAAAGGAGAAAGGCUUUUACAAUAUAUACUGAUGUAUUGGCGUUACAAAUAUGGUGAAAUUUCCUCAUGAUAAUUUUAAGGAAAAUCUUUUAUUUUUGAAUGAGAAACGAAAUUUUCUGUUUUCAAAAUGAAACUUUCUUUUAUUCAUUGUGAAAUUUACCGCAAAUAUCUAAGUACUUUUCCUACUUUUAGGAAACUUGCCGCAAACGUAAUAUCUUUAGACCUAUAGUUUAUAUUAACUAUUUUAUUAUAGAUAAUCCAGACAACAGUACCCCUAGUGUAAAUAUUUUCGACAGCGAAACGUGACGUACGCGUUUGCGUUAAGUGUCAUUUUGUAUGAGAUUUUUGAUUUUCCAAAACGUCCCGCUUGGCGCGCUGUUCAAAAACCCAUACAAAAUGAGACUUAACGCAAACGCGUACGUCACGUUUCGCUAUCGACUAAAAUUACACUAGGGGUACAGAUAAUAAUUCUUUUGAGUAAACAUGAACUAACUCAUAUAUGAUCAGAUUUCGUAUUUCAAUUUUUAUUUCUGAAACCGAAACUUAUGUAAAAUUGUUAUAGAAAUACCCCCAAUUUGAACCCUGUAGUGCAAAGGAAUUUGUAUAGGUACCUAUAGCAGUUAUAAUAUUGAACUAAUUCAACUCCAUUGAAAGCUAUGAAAAUUUUAAUUUAAACAAGUAUGUUUUAUAUGAAAAGCAUUAAGUAAAGGGUUAAUAAACUCGAAAACUACGUUUCAGGCAAUCUACAUCGCAACCAAAAUUAGGAUUCAGUACUGCAGUUCUUUAAAUUUCGGGUACAAGAGAGACAAUUUUGAUUUUUCCUGUCUAACACAAGAUUGGCUUCUCGUUUUAAGUUCUUGUUUUAUACGCGAUUCUAAAAACUAAGGAAGCUAUUAACACAGGUAUUUUAACCGUAUUAAAAAUUUUGCAUCUGCCGUUUCGGAUGUCCCAUUUUGCAUUCUUGAAGAACUAUUAGUUUUCCGAAUAUUCAUCGUUUAUUGUUGUGAGUAGGUACCUACGCCAUUUUUAUUUUGCAUUUUGCAUUUUAGUGCUUGGCUAUCUUCCUUACUAUUUGAAGGGGUUUCCCUCGGAAAACCAACGUUUAUAUUUUAUCCCACAUAUUUAUAAUUUUGUUUACCAUAGUCAAAUUUAAACUUUUCAAUUUUCAAGUCUUAUCACAAAACGAUAUAUGAUGGUAACUGACUAUGAGCCUGAUUCUAAUUUUAAUAUACGUCAAAAAUUAGAUCUAGAUCCAUCGUAUCCAGGUCUCAUUUUUGACGUAUAUUAAAAUUGAAAUUGUAUAUUAAAAAUGCAAGAAAAGCCUGAUUAUUAUUACCAGACGCGACAGUCUGCAAUUUGUUUCCUGUAAUUUAGUGUUCGAAUUUGGAUAUGAAAUACUGAAUGACCUUGAAGGAUUUAACAACUGGAGUCGCCUUUAAGAGCUUACCCCUCUGUCGAAAACCUCGGCCAAAGGUCACAUGUAUUGCAUGGACUGACGUUUAUCUUACAUGGCUAUUUGUACGUUACGUUUGACGAGCCCCUCCCCCGCAAAAAUCGUCACAGAAAAUUACAGACAAGGCGUCCGUUUCCAGUUGUUAAAUCCUCCAAGGAAAUGACUGGUCAAGUGAAUUCAAUCGAAAAUUAUAAUGUUAUUGGCCUUAGUCGCGUGUUGUAAGUUUAAGACCAAAGAAUAAGAUUUUAAGUUUUGUAGAAAAUUUGGAGUUUAAUCCUGACUAUAGUAAAUGAAAUAUUAUGUGAGAGACAUAUCUCCCACGUACCUAUCGAAUUUUUGGCUCCACUCAAGCAUGUUUGUGGGUGGAAAUGUAGGCUAAAUCAGUUUAUCUGUGUAAAAUGUUAUUAAAUUUUUUGUUAUUUUGAUAAUAACUCAUUAUGAUUGUCAUUUGCAUUUGCAUCAUGAUACCUAAUACUUUAAAUAUUGGCCUUAUUUUUUAAUUCAAUGAAUGACAUAAUUGACAAACGUAGUUUAAAAAUAAGAUAAUUUAAAGGUCGUUAUUGUGGAAAUUAAUUUAUGAAUAAAAAAUCGGAGCCAAUGUAUGUAUGAAUUUUGUGCAAUAAUCGACUUUAUAAACAUAGUGUAAGGUUUCAUUUUCUUUAUAUAAGUACAGCCUAAAUGUUAUUGUUUUGCUUUAUUACAAGAAACAUUUAAUUAUUACCUCUUCAUACAUAUUAGUAUAGAAAGUGUACAUAUCUCAAUUUUAAUUACUUAUGUAUAACAAGGCGUUACUUUGAAAACAAUGUGGUAAUUGUCAAAUAGAAAUGCGUACUUUUAAACCUCAUAUAUUUUUCAAAAAGGAAGGGUAGGUACGUUGACAGAUGUCAUUUCAAUACAAUUUUGUGAGAUUUGGUGUUAUAAAGUUGUCUUUAAGUGAAAUUUCUGCAAUUUCUUAGACAAUAAAGAUUCUUUAAACCGAAAGUUAUAAAUUCUAUGGAGUUUCAAGAGGAUAGAGCGACCGAUUCGCCAUACAAACCUAGUCCUCAUUUUCCUCCCUGGAUAUAUUUUUACAAAAUUUUAUGUAUUUCAGUCAUUGCCUGUUCGAUUUUUUUCGAUUUUUUUAUUAUUAUAAUUCUAUAUUCAAUAUUAUAUUUCAAAUACCCAGAGAGGAAAAUGGGGACUACGUUUGUAUGGAAAGGUGGUUUUGGAGCGGUCGUCCCCUUUUGUCUUAAGGUUAUAAAUUGUACCUGUCGCCCUACCCAUCGUGUUUGAAACAUACUUGCAUAUCUUAACCCUCUAUAAGGCAUAAGCAAAGUUUAACCCUAUCACUUUGAAAUAAAGUUCAAAAUCAGGUGGGAAAUAUGUUCCCUUUGCCUUAUAAUGGCUUAAAAGAGGUAUAUGUAGGUUUCUAUAAAUAACAAAGAUUGAAUUACGUUUGCUUCUUGUCCUUUUAAAAGUACAGUGUAAGACUAAAACAGUGUACAUUUAUUAUUUAUGUAUGUAUUAAGAGAAUGGAAACAAUAAUAUUGUUUUAGGCGUUUUGGAAGCGAAUGUCCUUGCGGUAGCUCUAGCUCAUAGUAAAGUCGUGAAGAAAUAAAUAGUUUUCGAUAAUUUCA